GAAACCAAGUCAUACAUUACACUCUUUCUCUCUCUUUUGUUUGUUUUUCUGUUUUAUAAAUACUUUAUCUUUUAUCUCUUCUUCUUAUAUUAUUAUUACAUCAACAACAACUGUUCUAUACUUUCUGUUUUCAAAACACAAACAAACAUCGACCAUGGAACCCCAAAACCAAACCCUAGAAACCGUUUCUUUCUUUUUCGUAUAUUAAAUUAAACAAACAAACAUCCAGCGAAUACGACACCGUUUUGCUCUCUCUCUUGCAGAGAACAAACCGGAAACAGAACAAUUCUUGUUCUUAAUUCUUGUUAAAAUCAAUUUUCGGUCAAUUUCUUACCCUAAUUUGAAAAUCUUCAUAUUUCUCAGUUUUCAUAAUCUACCAUUCUGCUGUGGAUCAUCACUGUUUUGGGGGGUAAAAAUGACAUCUUUGAGCAGGGAAUUGGUGUUUUUGAUUCUUCAAUUUCUUGAUGAAGAGAAAUUUAAAGAAACUGUUCACAAGUUGGAGCAAGAAUCUGGUUUUCUGUUCAAUAUGAAAUAUUUCGAAGAAAAAGCACUGGCUGGAGAGUGGGAUGAAAUUGAGAAGUAUCUUUCUGGGUUUAUAAAAGUUGAUGAUAAUAGAUACUCAAUGAAAACUUUUUUUGAGAUUAGGAAACAGAAGUAUCUUGAAGCCCUCGACAGGAAUGACAGAGUGAAGGCUGUUGAUAUAUUGGUGAAUGACUUAAAAGUUUUUUCAGCAUUUAAUGAAGAAUUAUUCAAAGAAAUUACUCAGCUUUUAACUCUCGACAACUUCAGGGAAAAUGAACAGUUGUCAAAGUAUGGCGAUACCAAAUCGGCUCGAAACAUAAUGCUUGUAGAGCUUAAGAAACUGAUAGAAGCUAAUCCCCUCUUUAGAGAUAAGCUUGUAUUCCCUUCGUUGAAGGCGUCGCGGUUACGAACACUGAUUAAUCAAAGUUUGAAUUGGCAACACCAGCUGUGCAAGAACCCAAGGCCAAAUCCAGACAUAAAAACUCUAUUCACUGACCAUACUUGUUCACCGUCAAACGGAGCGCGUGCACCAACUCCUGUCAAUCUUCCUGUCACAGCUGUGGCAAAGCCUCCAUCUUAUGUUCCGCUUGGAGUACAUGCCGGACCAUUUCAACCAGCCCCGACAGCUGCUAAUGUUAAUGCUUUAGCGGGAUGGAUGGUGAACCCAAAUCCUUCUUCAUCAAUUCAACCACCUGCACUUGUUGCUUCGUCAAUGCCUGGUCCCCCACAUCAAGUCCCUGUUUUGAAGCAUCCGAGAGCACCUUCCAAUAGUCUUGGAAUGAUGGAUUAUCAAAAUGCCGAUCCCGAGCAACUAAUGAAACGUUUGCGGUCAUCUAUUGACGAGGUUACUUAUCCAGCUCCAUCCCAACAAGCCCCUUCUUGGUCACUUGACGAGCUUCCUAGAACCGUGGUUUGUACCUUAUAUCAAGGAUCAACAGUGACAAGCAUGGAUUUUCACCCUUCCCUUCAUUCUUUACUUGCUGUUGGUUGCGGAAAUGGCGACUUCUCACUCUGGGAAGCAGGGCUGAGAGAGAGGCUGCUAUCAAAACCUUUCAAAAUAAAGGAUAUUUCUGCUUGUUCUGUGUUUUUUCAGGCUACAAUUGUGAAGGAUGCAUCUAUAUCCGUCACUCGUGUAUCAUGGAGCCCCGAUGGAAAUCUUCUUGGGGUUGCGUUCACAAAACAUUUGAUUCAUUUGUAUGGUUAUCAUGGAUCUAACGAUCUAAGGCAGACUUUGGAGAUUGAUGCUCAUGUCGGUGGUGUUAAUGACUUGGCAUUUUCUUAUCCGAACAAACAACUUUGCAUUGUAACUUGUGGGGAUGAUAAGCUAAUUAAGGUGUGGGAUUUGAAUGGACGGAAACUUUUUCAUUUUGAAGGUCACGAAGCACCGGUUUAUUCUGUUUGUCCCCACCAGAAGGAAAAUAUCCAGUUUAUAUUUUCUACUUCUCUCGAUGGGAAAAUCAAAGCCUGGCUGUAUGAUAACAUAGGUUCCAGGGUUGACUAUGAUGCUCCUGGACAAUGGUGCACUACAAUACUCUAUAGUGCUGAUGGAAAUAGAUUGUUUUCAUGUGGGACAAGUAAGGAAGGAGAUUCUUUCCUAGUUGAAUGGAAUGAAAGUGAAGGUGCAUUAAAGAGAACAUAUUCUGGGUUUAGAAAGAAAUCUAACGGCGUUGUGCAAUUUGACACAACAAAGAACCGCAUCUUGGCUGUUGGUGAAGAUAACCAAAUUAAGUUUUGGGAUGUGGACAAUAUCAAUAUGGUGACAAGUAUCGAUGCUGAUGGUGGUCUUCCUGUGAGUAUUGCUUGUACUUUUUUAUAUUUUAGUGUAUUUUGGAGUGAAUUGUUUGACAUAGUUGAUGUCCUGCAUCAGAGUCUCCCUCGUCUGAGGUUCAAUAAGGAAGGCAAUCUACUUGCUGUUACUACAGCAGAUGGUGGUGUGAAAGUCCUUGCUGAUACUGAUGGCAUGAAGUACUUAAGGUCCAUUGAAGCUCGGUCUUACGAAGCAUCUAAACCACAAGUGGAGACAAAGGUGCCUGGAUCUUCUAUGAUUGCAAAUAUCAAUCAGCACAUCAAUAAAGUAGAACGUGUCGACAGAAGCUCUCCUGCUGCACCACUGCCUAUCCCUAAUGGAGUUGAUUCUGUGGCCAGAGGCAUAGAGAAGCAAAUAAGUUUGGAUGACAUAGCUAAUAAAUCUAAAACUAGCGAUCUGACAGAAAUAGUUGAUCCUGGUAAUUGUCGGGUAGUUACUCUGCCAGAAACUACCGACCCUACCAACAAGGUUGUUCGUCUUCUUUACACCAAUUCUGGAUCAGGCCUUCUGGCUCUUGGUGCCAAAGGCAUUCAGAAGCUUUGGAAAUGGAGCCGUAAUGAUCAGAAUCCCACUGGAAAGGCCACAACUACUGUUGUUCCCCAACAUUGGCAACCACCCAGUGGUCUUCUCAUGACUAAUGAUGUCCCAGACAAUUCUGAAGAACCAGUUCCUUGCAUUGCGCUCUCAAAGAAUGAUUCUUAUGUCAUGUCUGCAUGCGGAGGAAAAAUUUCACUCUUCAACAUGAUGACUUUUAAGGUAAUGGCAACUUUUAUGGCACCUCCCCCGUCUUCAACCUUUCUUGUAUUUCAUCCUCAAGACAAUAAUAUCAUUGCAAUUGGAAUGGAAGACGCAAGCAUUCAUUUUUACAAUGUUAGGGUGGAUGAGGUCAAACAUAAAUUGAAGGGUCACCAGAAGCGUAUUACCGGUUUAGCUUUUUCAACUCACCUGAACAUAUUGGUUUCAUCCUCUGCUGAUGGUCAGCUUUGCUUUUGGCGUAUUGAUACAUGGGAUAAGAAGAAAACGCUACCAAUUCAAUUGCCAGCUGGAAAAGCACCUGUUGGUGAUACUCGAGUGUAUUUCCAUUCUGAUCAAGUGCACUUAUUGGUAUGCCAUGAAUCACAGCUAGCAUUAUACGAUGCUUCAAAAAUGGAAUUGGUUCGGCAGUGGGUCCCACAAGAAUCAACUACUUCCAUUUCCUCUGCAACAUAUUCUUGCAACAGCCAACUAGUUUAUGCUGCCUUCACUGAUGGAAGUAUUGGAGUAUUUGAUGCUGACAGCCUGAGACUAAGAUGCCGUAUAGCUUCGUCUGCUUACCAGUCAUCGUCAAAUAGCCAAAAUAUAUACCCAUUUGUUAUUGCAGCACACCCACAGGAACCAAAUCAAUUUGCCAUUGGAAUGUCAGAUGGGUCUAUUAAGGUCAUAGAGCCCUUGGUGCCAAAUGGGAGAUGGGGAGUUUCAGCAUCUGUUGAUAAUAGGACAACCUCGCCGUCAAUUACUAACAACUCAAAUUCUGAGCAGCACCAAAGAUGAUCCAUAUACAUCAGUUUUAGUUAACAUUUGUGUAAAAUAAUAGUAAACUGUUAUGUUUUGGUUUAAUGUUUCUUAUGUGACUUGUGUUGGUAAGUAUCUACAGAUGGUUAGUUAAAGAUACAACUUAUGCACAAAAACCGCGCCUUAUCUUUUCUGAUAAUGACGCUAUUUCAUGAUCGCUUCAUAUAUAAUAUAGAUAUUCAUCGUUAUUAUCAA